GUUUAGUGUGAAGUGGGGUUAAUUAGGGUAGGCUCUGUGUUUUUUACUGUCCACUUCGGUUAGUUAAGAAACUUGAGACCAACUGUAACUGGUGUGUGCUGUGUUGUGUUUAUGUUUCAUUGUAAGUAUCGAAACCCAUCUAUUUUCUUUUCCCUUUAUAAUUAAUUUAAAACACAUACAGACGCCCCAUUCUCUUCUCCUUGCCCUUUUCGCCUUUCUUUCUCUUAUGUUUGCAACAUUUUCUUGAUUCAAUAUUUUGGUUUGGGUUUCUCAGUCGCAUUUCUUCGAUCUCAUCGCCACCCUUUUUCCGUUUCUUCCCUACAAAUCUCCGCCACCCCCAUUUUUCCUUUUCUUUCCUCUCUUUAUACAAAGUCUCUUUCUUUUUUCUUCUCCUUUAUAUAUUUUAGCUUUUUAUUUUUAGUUUUGGGAUCUUUGCCUUUGCCUUUUUUCUCUUUUGUGGUUUUGUGCUAAAAGAGAUUCAACAAUGGCAUCGACAUCGGUUCCUUGCCCUAAGACCUCUUUCAUUGCUCGCAUUGGAUCCAAUGCCUCAAACUCACUUCCCAAGCACACCAUUUCCUUUCCUUCUCGUGGAUUCAAGUGGCCAAUCCGUAAGCAAUCUGCUGUUACCAAGGUGAAGGCACAGCUGAAUGAGGUUAUUGUCAAGGGCUCUUCAAAUUCUGUACCAAUGCUGGAUACUAACUCUAAACUUGCACCAUCUGAGGUAAAAGAUGAGGCUGUGGUAAAGAAUGUUCCAGAUGCAUCGGCAAUUACAGAAUUCAUGACACAAGUGUCAGACCUUGUCAAGCUCGUCGAUUCAAGAGAUAUCACGGAGCUCCAACUGAAGCAGUUAGAUUGUGAGAUCAUAAUAAGGAAAAAGGAGGCCCUGCAGCCACCUCCAGCAGCUCAAGUCAUUUCAAUGCCUCCAUCGUAUCAACAUGUAAUGCUACCACCUCCACCAUCAGCUGCUCCUCCUCCAAGUUCAGCUCCUGCACCUGCAUUACCUUCCCCUGCGAAGGCAGUCACGUCAUCUCAUCCAGCAUUUAAAUGCCCCAUGGCAGGUACCUUUUAUAGGUGUCCAGCACCUGGUGAACCCCCAUUUGUGAAGGUAGGAGAUAAAGUGCAGAAAGGGCAAGUCGUUUGCAUCAUCGAGGCCAUGAAGCUAAUGAACGAGAUUGAAGCUGAUCAGUCAGGAACCAUAACGGAGGUUCUGGCAGAGGACGGGAAGCCUGUCAGUGUGGACACGCCUCUAUUUGUUAUUGUACCUUGAAUCAGUAACAUCCAGUGCCAGAGAAGUAACUUAAAAUAGCUGCAGUAUCUAGUCUACUUUCCAUCUUUAUUAUGUAAUUUUCAAAUGAAUAAUUGUCUCAUUUCAUCGUUUAUACUUUCAUAAUCUUUGUGUUUGAUAUGUAGAAGGAAGCCUUAAGGCUUUAGAAUAUAUAGUUUUUGUGUCAAAAUUUUAGACAUUCUUGAAGCAAGUUCUGAAUCUGUGUCUCAAUAAAUUCUGUUACUGAAAA